CACUAUCUCUGUUGUGAACUGGUGGUACAGAGAAUGGUGACGUGUUCUUUAACACACUAAAACGUGAUGAACACAGAGAUGAAUAGUUGUACUGUCAACAACUUUAUUCUGACAGGGAUUCUAGACAGUGCUCCAUUCAGAGAGAGAUUCGGAUGAACAGAGACUCCACAGAACUACAUCAGGUACAAGAGGUCUGGUAUUAUGUCAUGGACAAGAAGGUGCUGGUCCUGUUUCUCUCUGGGCUCUACACUCUCUCCUCAUGCCUUGCUCAUGAGUAUCACUUUGUGAACAUGAAUAAGACCUGGACUGAAGCACAGAGAUACUGCAGAGAGAAGUACACUGACCUGGCCACCAUAGACAACAUGGAGGAUAUGAACAGACUGAUCAACACUGUAGACAGUGGUUAUAAUGGAUCAGCCUGGAUAGGGCUGCAGAAGGGAGAGUGGCAGUGGUCUCUGGCAGACAGAGAUUACAGUCAGGGAUAUGCCAACUGGGAAGAGACCGAACCCAAUAAUGCCGGAGGGAAGGAGGACUGUGUAUUUAUGAGACGCAGUGGUCAAUGGAAUGAUGCCCCGUGUAACGUUCAACAUUUCUUCAUCUGCAAUGGCAUGAAAAAUUCGAAGGAGUCUUUCCAUUUCAUUAAUGUGGCUAAAACGUGGCACGAGGCGCAGAGUUACUGCAGGAAGUACUACACAGACCUGGCCAGUGUGAGGAACCAGACUCAGAACCAUGAGGUAGUGACAGUGGCUGCUGCCAAUGAAGGGUGGAUCGGCCUGUUCAGAGACUCCUGGAAGUGGUCGGGCGGAAGUAACUCCUCAUUCACAUACUGGAUAAAGGAAAAGCCCAACAAUUCCAAAGGAAAUCAGGACUGUGCCUCGACAAGGUUGAAUAACUUGGGAAGAUGGGAUGAUAUGCAGUGUUACAUAAACAGUCCCUUCAUUUGCUACGGUGCUCCAGUGAAGACACAGCAGGUGGUGAGAGUGAAGCUGACCCCAAAGGACCAGGACAUGGACCUGACUGAUCCUGACAUACAGGAAGCCAUCUUGCGGCAGAUAAGGAAAGAGCUGAGGGAGAAGGGGAUUUCUGAUGACGUCAAACUGAGAUGGAAGGAGCAGACCGUUGGAAAGAUCUUCCACGAGGAAGAAAAGAAGAAUUAAAGAGGAGAAACUCAACCGAGUAUUAAGCUGGAACUGUAAAUACCAUUACAGCAGAGACUAUGGGGACUUUUCUGACCAACAUCCCAUUGACAGCCCGACUAAUCAAAACCCUGAAAACUAACCCUUACCGUAUCCCUAACGUUAACCAACCCCCUAACCCUAACCUUAACUAACCCCCUAACCCUGACCUUAACCCUAACCAACCCUCUAACCCUG